GGAUGAGUAUUUCAUGUCAAGUGUAUUCAAGGAAGAGUGUGAAGGAUCCAUGGCCUCAGUCACCAUGAAGACCCUCCCAAGAGCCAGCCCUACUGGGCAGGUAUAAAUGAGUGGAGACAUGGAACCCACCCUUACAAGGCCUAAACCUGACAGAGCACACAAGACAGAAGCCCAGAUAACCAGGAGCAGGAAGCUGAAGGUGAGAGGCCCCAGGGCUGGCCUCUGUUGUGCCUGCUGCAGGCAGAAGGUGGUGCCGUGCUGUGAAUCCGAGACUCGGUCUGUGGCAGCUGCAGGGCCAGCAUCCACCACUGCAGAGCCUGCCAUGUCAUAUCCCAGAGUGGUGGAUGUCCAGUAUUUGCGGCGCAUCAACUCAGAGAGGCGCAAAGGUUUGGCUGGCCGCGCCAAGAGCUGGGUAAAAAAAAAGUGGAAGCCUAAGAAAACUUGCCGCACUGAAAGUGAAGGAGAAGCCUGCCGCCCAGUAUCACCACCGUCCUGUUGAGGUCCUGCAGGACCUGGUUUUGGAGGACGUGGAGGAGGAGGAGCUGCCCUCUGUCC